AACUAUUCCUGCACGUCUGGAGUGUGUAGUGCAUCAGGAAAGAUGUGGAAGAAGUAAAUUUUAGUGGAGUAAAUAGGACACGAAACAGGACAGCGAUCAGUCUGUUGGGACAGCCGGCGCGGGGAGCGGAACUUAAGUGCUGAGGGGUCGGGCUUCCGGGGUGGCGGGCCAACAGGAGCGGCGCACCGUCAAGAUGGCGGCGGGCCUACGGAAACGCGGGCGGGCCGGGCCGGCAGCCCGGGCUGCGGGGCUCUGCGAACAAUGGCUGCGGCGCGCCUGGCAAGAGCGGCGCCUACUGCUGCUGGAGCCGCGCUACACGCUGCUGGUGGCCGCCUGCCUCUGCCUGGCGGAGGUGGGCAUCACCUUCUGGGUCAUUCACAGGGUGGCAUAUACAGAGAUUGACUGGAAGGCCUACAUGGCCCAGGUGGAGGGCGUCAUCAACGGCACCUAUGACUACACCCAACUGCAGGGUGACACUGGACCUCUUGUGUACCCAGCUGGCUUUGUGUACAUCUUUAUGGGGCUAUAUUAUGCCACUGGCCAGGGCACUGACAUCCGCACGGCCCAGCACAUCUUUGCCGUGCUCUACCUGGCCACCUUACUGCUUGUCUUCUUGAUCUACCACCAGACCUGCAAGGUACCUCCCUUCGUCUUUUUCUUCAUGUGCUGCGCCUCUUACCGUGUCCACUCCAUCUUCGUGCUGCGGCUCUUCAAUGACCCGGUGGCCAUGGCACUGCUGUUCCUCAGUAUCAACCUCCUGCUGGCCCGGCGCUGGGGCUGGGGCUGCUGCUGUUUCAGCCUGGCAGUCUCUGUGAAGAUGAAUGUGCUACUCUUCGCCCCUGGGUUGCUGUUUCUUCUCCUCAUGCAAUUUGGCUUCCGUGGAGCCCUCCCCAAGUUGGGCAUCUGUGCUGUCCUUCAGGUGCUGCUGGGGCUGCCCUUCCUGCUGGAGAACCCUAUUGGCUACCUAUCCCGCUCCUUUGACCUUGGCCGCCAGUUUCUCUUCCGCUGGACAGUGAAUUGGCGCUUCCUCCCGGAGGCCCUCUUCUUGCAUCGUGCCUUCCACCUGGCACUGUUGGCCGCCCACCUCGCCCUGCUCUUUCUCUUUGCCUUCUGCAGGUGGCACAGGACAGGGGAAAGUAUCCUGUCUCUGCUAAAGGAUCCCUCCAAAAGGAAGGUUCCACCGCAGCCCCUCACACCCAAUCAGAUCAUCUCUACCCUCUUCACCUCCAACUUCAUUGGCAUCUGCUUCAGCCGCUCCCUCCACUACCAGUUCUACGUCUGGUAUUUCCACACACUGCCCUACCUCCUGUGGGCCACGCCUGCACGCUGGCUUACACAUCUGCUCAGGUUGCUGGUGCUGGGGCUCAUUGAGCUCUCCUGGAACACAUACCCAUCCACGUCCUGCAGCUCUGCGGCCCUGCACAUAUGCCAUGCUGUCAUCCUGCUGCAGCUCUGGCUGGGCCCCCAGCCUUUCCCCAGGAGCAUCCAGCACAGCAAGAAAGCCCACUGAGAUCCAGCUCCUUUCCCCUCCAGCCCACUCGUAGGACCCUCGAUGGGAAUAGACUCUGCCCUUCCCAAUAAACCAUACCAAGCCCACUUCUGUGCAGCUUGCAUGGAAAUGCCUGCACCAAGCUGUGAGGGGCAUGCACACUGCAG